ACCACAUAUUAAUUCAUUAUUUUUUUUGCUUUUUGAUUAAAUAUCAAAUACUUAUUAUAGAUUGCCUGAUACCUAUAUGCCCAAAGGGAACAAUGGAUUUCAUUAAUGGAAAUCAACACAAUUAAACAGAACAUAUUUGUUUGUUCAGAUCACAUCCUUAGAAGUGAUUUCUUAUAUAAGAAAGAUAAUAUUAUCAGUAACCAGACUUUAUUAAAAAAAUCAGCUCUACCUCAGAGGAUUUCUGAUGCACUGGUAAAAAACACAGCAGCUGAUAAUUCAGUUAAUUUACCAAGUGAUUUACCCUUCAAAGCUGCAGGAGUAGCUUUCCUGAAGAGUGCAAAAACUUCUUUAGCUUCCAAAAUGGUAUAUAGUACAAACAGUGAAGCUAAUAUAGACAAAUCUGAUCAUUCAUCAUCAACAAUAACUGCAUCUGAGAUUAAUAGUUCUACAGUAACCGUGGGGUCUAGGUCAACAAUUACUAUUUCUCAUCCAAGCCGUUUUUGUUUAACUGCUACACAUUCCCUGACUCGGCCAAGGAAAAGGGUAAAAUCAAAAUGAUAUCCUGAGGACCUAAGCAAUGAUGAUUCCACCGUUUCAAAAGCUAAAUCACUUGUUACCAAAUUAUGGGAAAAAAAUAAAGAACAAAAAAUUAAAAUUCGAAAAUUGCAAUAAACAAAUUUGCCCCAUAGAAAUUGAAUUAGAUAUCUCAAGUCAUUAUUAAA